GUUAUUUCCACCAAGGUUUGAUUUUACAGUUAGUUGCUAAACACUAGUGAUAGAAUAAGUAACUGUGAUUUUGUUCUGUUUCAUCUGAAAGCCGAGUGUUGCUGCAGAUGGACCGACCGGCUCUCUCCUCAGACCGCCCUACCAGCUGUGAGAAGAUGGACGACGAACCAGAACUGUCACUGAACCAAAGUCUGGAGGACAGGGUUCCUGUUAUCCCUGUGAAAGAGGAACCCACCAAUGAAAUGAUUUCGGCUGUGAGAGCUGUUGCUCUCAAAGGGGUUCAGGACAACCGGCACCAGGCUGUCUCGGUCAACGUGGAUCAAACCAACCUGGAAUGGCAAACGUUUGACGGCUCUAUCCCCAACGGAGCAGUGUCCAUCCACAACGGAUAUGUUGGGCGCACUGAUUAUGUUGCCAAAUAUGGGUCAUCGGCGGGGUUCUACAACCCUGACAAGGGUCCCUACUGCCUCUACCCCGACGGAAAGAAAGAGCAUCGUGGCUCUCCGUUUGAAAUCCUGGUGAACAGAGACAACUUCGAGUUUCUGGAAUGGAAGGAGGACUCGUACGGUUCAGUGCCUCAGAAUUCAGUCAGGAUCAGUCCAGGUAUCGACGUGUAUGUUGGGAAAAACAAGUAUGGUCUUGGGAAGGUGGCUGUUAAAGAUAAGGCCUUCUACCUUCCCUGGGAAGGUUCUGAGUAUUGGUACAAAUACUACCAGGUACUGACCUUCAACAAAGAUGUAUCCAGCGAGCACAUAACUGAUGUCAGGUAUAAGACUAAUGAGGCUGAAAUCAUCACGUCUCCUCCAGAGACCAUGGACAAGUCUGUUGUCCUCAACAAUGGCAGCCAUGAAGUGAAACAGACAACUACCCUCAGAAAGACGUACCAAGUUGAGCAAAGGUGGGAGCACAACUUUUCCUUCACACUGGGUGUCAAGACUACCAUCACUGCUGGAGUCCCAGCAAUACUCUCUACAGGUUUGGAGAUUAGUGCAGAGGCAUCCUAUCAAUUCACCAAGGGCACCAGUCACACUGAGUCAAAAACCCACGAGCUUUCUGUCGAAUUGAACGUCCCAGCGUACCACUCCAACACAGUCAGAAUGGAGGGAAAACAGUUCAAGACCAACAUCCCGUUCACUGCACGUGUCUGCCGCACCUACAAAAACGGGGACACCUCAUGGACGUCCAUCUCUGGGAUUCAUAGAAGCGUACAAUGUGGAGAAUUCCAAGCUAAGGUGGAUCCCUGUAAACCUCUACCUAAACCUCUCUCCUCUCACCAUUGUUGAAAGAAUAAUGGAAAAUUCAACAGCUAACAUAGUCAAUGACGGCUACACAAAAUAUUGUAAUGAAAAGCUAAAAAGACCCACCUGAGAUUGCUGGAAUGGCUUCUGUACUGUUUAGUUUGCAUCAUAAAUU